CACACCACACACAUGGCCUGCUACGACCUCUGCCGCCCCUGCGGACCCACCCCACUGGCUAACAGCUGCAACGAGCCCUGUGUCAGGCAGUGCGAGGACUCCCGCGUCGUCAUCCAGCCUCCCGCCGUGCUCGUCACCCUGCCAGGACCCAUCCUCAGCUCCUUCCCACAGAACACCGCCGUCGGAUCCUCCUCAUCCGCUGCCGUGGGCAACAUCCUCAGCUCCCAGGGAGUGCCCAUCUCCUCCGGUGGCUUUGGCUACGGCUUCGGCUUUGGAGGCCUGGGCUGCUUCGGGGGCAGAAGAGGCUGCUACCCCUGCUAA